GAGAAGCGGAAUCCGGGGUCCGGAGCGGCGCGGCGGCGGCUCGGGAGGCUCGCGCUGCGCCCGCCCGCAGUGCAUCAGCGUGGCCGCGCGACAUCCCCGGGAUGCUCACCGCGGGGCAUUAUGCGCUGCCUAACAGGCUCCGGGCUGCCGAGCGACUUGUUUGAAGCAUUUUCUCCCUCGCUCUCGCUUUUAAUCUUGUCUCUAGUGGCGUGUGUAGGGGGGAGGACUUUAUUUCCAUUGGCUAAGCUCUCCCUUCCCACCCACAUCUCUUCCACAUCACCUUGGUGUCUCCCUAAAUAAAACCAGCCCUCCUUAUCGCCUGGAAAAAAUCAGGAGCUAGAGUUUGAAUGGGUUUAUAUAAACACUCACCCCUGGCAGCGUGCGGCUGGGCUCCCAGGAUAAACUCCAGGCGUCUGGCCUGAUGCUUGCCUUGCCGUGUUCUCUCCCUUGAACGUCAAGGUUUAAGCAGAGCCCGAGGACUGGGAACUCUUCUCCGAAAUUGGAUCAACCUGAAGCCAGUUGCGGAACUGCACAGGGUCCCCAUGGACCUCAAGGAGAGCCCUAGCGAGGGCAGCCUGCAGCCCUCUAGCAUCCACAUCUUCGCCAACACCUCCACCCUCCAUGGCAUCCGCCACAUCUUCGUGUAUGGGCCGAUGACCAUCCGGCGUGUGCUCUGGGCCGUGGCCUUCGUGGGCUCCCUGGGCCUGCUGCUGGUGGAGAGCUCCGAGAGAGUGUCGUACUACCUCUCCUACCAGCACGUCACCAAGGUGGAUGAGGUGGUGGCCCAAAGCCUGGUCUUCCCAGCCGUGACCCUCUGCAACCUCAACGGCUUCCGGUUCUCCAGGCUGACCACCAAUGACCUGUACCACGCCGGGGAGCUGCUGGCCCUGCUCGACGUCAACCUGCAGAUCCCGGACCCGCACCUGGCAGACCCCACGGUCCUGGAGGCCCUGCGGCAGAAGGCCAACUUCAAACACUACAAACCCAAGCAGUUCAGCAUGCUGGAGUUCCUGCAUCGCGUGGGCCACGACCUGAAGGAUAUGAUGCUCUACUGCAAGUUCAAAGGGCAGGAGUGCGGCCACCAGGACUUCACCACCGUGCUAUGAGCAGAACAGCAAUCAAAGCAACCUGAAUCCUGUUUUCGUGGAGCUGGCAUUUUGGUUAAGGGACUCUUAGGGAAAGAAGCAUCACCAGCCCAGGGGCAGUUUGUCUCCCAGUGCCCUCUCCUUGGCCUAUCUUCCCUCAUAGUCCGUGUCAAGUUCAAAUGCCAUUGUCUAGAGGGAACCUUCCCCAUCCGCGCCGGGGGCAAAGUCAUAGAAUUUGCCUACAGUAAGAUGCACACUCUCUCGCACCUGACUUGCUUUUUCCGCGGGGGAUUUAAUUUACAGUGCUGAUGCGUGGACCGUGACGUGUUUGCGUGAUGCGGCCAGGUUGUCUUUUGCUGCAAGCUGGUGUCGAGUCAGGAGGGGCCUCGCCACCUCGGUGUUCCUUGGUGAGGGAAGCAGGAAGUUCCAGAGGCCUGUGCUUCUGCGUGCUUUGUUUGCACAGCAGAGGCGCCGCUCGCCUCAUUGUGUCUGGUCACAUAUCUUUCUCCCUCACUGGACUGUGAAUUCCUCAAGGGCAACCGUGUCCCGUUCAGCCCACGAUUUUUCUUCAGCUUCGAACCUGUGCCUGACACCCAGUGAGCACUCAUUUCUCUUGGGGACUGAAACGAUGCAUGACAUCAUGGAGGGAAGCUCUCAGGUUCUCCACAUGAUCAGAUCCGGCAACUUCUCUUUCUCUGUCUUUCCGAGUUCACCUCUACAGUGGAUGGCUGAGCACGGGUGGGGUGAUCUGCCCGUGUCAAUCCCGGGGGCUCUGAUCCCUGUCCCAUGGCACUCAGGCCCCCACCUUGUGCAGCUCUGGGGGAAGAGGAAGUGUGACGAACACUGUGUAAGUCUUCACAGACUGGGUGGCCUAAAACACCAGAAACUUAUUCUCCCAAGGCUCUGGAGGCCAGAAGUCUGAAAUCCACAUGCUGGCAGGGCCAUGCUUUCUUCAAAGCCUCUGAAGGAGGAUCGAUCCUUCAUCGUCUCUUCCAGCUUCCGGUAGCCCUGGAUGUUUCUUAGCUGUGACAGCAGAACGUGACAAUCCCUGCUUUAUCUUCACGUGGCCGUCUUCUCUCUCUUACAGGGACACCAGUCCUAUUGGAUGAGGGGCCCACCCAGGCCCCAGUUUGACCUCAUUUCAGCUCAACUAAUUACAUCCACAAUGACCCUAUCUCCAAAUAAGGUCGUUCUGAGUUUCCGUUUGGGAAACAGUUCAAUCCAUAGCACACACAGUACUUUCUGGGGAAUGAUUACUUCCUCCCACCCCCUACGCCCCCAGUUAGGCCAACUCAGCCUGCUCCUUCCUGCCUCUCACUUCUUGCCCCUGCCUCUCUGAUGCGAACUGCCAGGUAUCUUUUUAGGAAAGAAUCCCUCCUUUCCGAACCAGGAGGGAAGCUUUUUGAAGGCACAGCAGUAAAAGAUGGCCUUCUAGCACCUGAGAGACUGCUUGGCCUGUCCUGAGGUCUCCAUGUGUAUUUAUGGAUUGUUUAGUAGCAAAGGAGCAGAAAAUAUCGACCACACUUUCUCCUGCACUGUCCUUCUCUCUAAAACUCUUCCUCUGGGUUCUUAGAGGGGUGCUAUCAGUUUUGUUUCAAGUAGCCUCAUCCUGUAGGAUGCUGCCAGGAGAAAAUGAGUUUAGAGAGUUUGCGGUCCGACCAUAUUUCUUAAGGCAUCUUGACAGCCACCCCUGUAACCGGGGCCUCUGUGAUCACUCACUUGGGCAGUUGUAAUGGUCCUGCUUCCAGUCUUUGCCCAACACUCAGAGGGAUCUUUUUAAAAUACAGAUAUGAUGGGGGCACCUGGGUGGCUCAGUCGGUUAAGCGACUGACUUCGGCUCAGGUCAUGAUCUCACGGUUUGUGGGUUGGAGCCCCGCGUCGGGCUCUGUGCUGACAGCGCAGAGCCUGGGGCCUGCUUCGGAUUCUGUGUCUGCCUCUGCCCUUCCCCUGCUCUCUCUCUCUUUCUCAAAAAUAAAUAAACAUUAAAGAAAUAAAAAAAAAAAACCCACCCCGAUAUGAUGGCAUCAUUUUCAUGAAGUCGAGUGUUCUUCUCGUGUGUGUGUGUGUGUGUGUGUGUGUGUGUGUGUGUUUAGGGCUGGAGGUUGCACAUCCCGGGUACUGUGCCUGGGCACUACACUGAUGGCUAAAUAUUUGUGGGAGGUUGAGUGGAUAUAGUUAAAAAAAAGAUACAGGCAUGGAGCAACAAAACAAAACGAAAUACUAAGGUUCAGACCCCAGAUCUGCCACAUAUUAGAUUUGUUACUUUGGGAAAGACACUGGAUUUUUCCGAGCUUCCGUUUGCUCAUCUAUAAAAUGAAGAAAGUAAAUGCAUAUUGAUUUCAGCUUGACUGAAACAGGGCAGGCGAGAGCCUACUGUCAUGCCCAGCACAUGGUAGAUGUUUAUGAAACAUCGGUUCCCUUCCUCGCCUCCCAGGUUGAGCCUUCCCUUUCGUGAACCCCUCUGUGUCCCUGCCUGCGUCCCCUGCUUGUCAUCUCUCCUUCUUUUCUAACUCUGUGUCUUGUUUGCCCCCUUCCCCCCAGCCCCUUGGAUGAUGGGAUUCCUGCUUUUCUCAUUUCCUCGUGAUUAAAAUAAAGCAUCCUGGAAAACUAAUUAAUAUUGCAAAGAUGAAGGAGGCCGUGUUGCCAGUCCCGGCUCUCCACUGAGUGCAAACCACUUACAGUGAAACCCGCCAGCUUGGCUAUUUAGAAGAAAAAGGAUUUAUUUAUCAACAAGAGGGAAUACAACCCUUUUAUAAUGCAGCCACCAGCCUGUCUUUGAUGGUGCUGCCAGCUUCAAAUCCCAGGUGCCUGCAAAAAAAAGGCCAAGAGGAGAGUAGACUCAUGCCAAGGAGACCGACAGCGUGGAAUCCCCUGUCCACUGUGCCGUCUGGGGCUUCUCUGUCCACCUGUUCAGUCUUCAACCUCACUCCAUGGUGGCCUCCCUCAUGGCACCCAGGGUUUGGUCACUACCAGUAGAAAAGGGCCCUGGAACAGGAGCCAGAGUGCAGCAGGACUGGGUGAACCAGGCGAUCAGCCUGUGUUACAGUUUUUACGUAUGGGGAAACUGAGGACUCAGAGGUGGGACACACGUUAUAACGUGUCCAAGGCCACGUAGCAGGGACUUCACCCAGGACCCUGACGAAUUCAGGAAAUUUCUUCAUUGUUCUCAUCGCACGUUGUGGCUAGAUCCCUCCCAGUCAUUAUUAUGUUGAACUGUGAACCUUUGCAUAUCCCAGCCUGAGCAAUCUCCAAAGCGGGGACCCUGUGUUUUUUCGUUCUCUGCCUUUGUGGAGCCUAGGACGGUACUUUGCACACAGCAGGGAUUUAAUAUUUAUUAAAUUAGUUUGCUAAUGCAUGAACUCAAUGACAUGGCAAUUUCCUCUAAUGUGCCUAUGAUAAAAUGGGUUCAGGGAGGGAUUUGAGUCUGAUAGGCCCGGGGUCACGAACGUUGGAGAUAAUUUUCAAGCUUUUGCUGGAGUAUCCAAGCUUUAGCAGUUGCUUCAUGAUUCCUGUGUGAUGUGUGCUGCUGGGCCCAACCUGGCCACGCUGGGUUCGAAUUGCACCAUCCUUACUCACUGGGUAGCUGUGUGCCUCAGUUUCUCCAUUUAUCAUCCUCAUCAGCCCAACAGGGACGUUGCAGGGAUCACGUUGGAUCAUAUGCCCCAUGAGGAGGCCGUGUGUGCAUGAGGUCAGGCCUGCCCAGCUGUGAGGUCUGUGGGGUGAUCCUCUGAUUCGGUCAGGGGCACCAUACGAUGCCUCUGGUCCGUGGCUGUCGUUGGCACAAAGUAAAUGUCGGCUCAUAUUUGUUCCCGGAUGAGACUAGCUGACCUCAUCUAGGUCGAAGGUCAGCAAGUGGCAGAGGCAGGAGUGGUGGCAGGUCCCCUGCUGCAGACUCUGUGGUUUUCAUGGCACUACAGCACCCUGGUAACGAGAGUGUCCUCAGUUUCCCAUGGUUGCAUCUUGGUCCCAUCCCCCUUCCGGUGAA